UCCCUUGCCAUCACCUACAUAUCCACAUCAGCCGUAAUACGGCUGUCGCAGGGACUUCCGAUAUCGCAUUUCUUCCCUUUCUGUGUGAUACCUUUGUCAUUGUUGAGUCGGCGUACGUGAAAUUCUACACGAACCCCUUCUUGAGUAUUGAGAGGGACUUACGCCCUCGUCCCAGCAGGCUCAGAUCGCAGUGCAGUGGCUUUCACGCUUAGAUCGUAUACCUGAUCGCAGGUAUUACGAUCCGCCCUUUCGCUAUCUUCCGCCAACGGCAUCGCGCCGUACCUUUUCGGCGAUUGCGUGAGGCUUACGUAGCGGCGUAUGGUAGAGCAGCGUUAGCGCAGGUAUAUUGUGAGCUAUAGAUUGUCAGUUGGUGAUGAUGAUUUUUAGAGAGAUGUUAUGCUUUCGGUUUUAUGAUAAAAAGUCCCUUUUUAUCCUUGUCUCGCUCCCGUUUCCGGUAGAUCGGCACUAGAGAGUCUCCCACGCAGAGAGGAGGACUCUUAGAUGGUAGCAGUCUAAGAUCCGUGGUUACCUGUUUUCUGAGUUACUUUUCAGAUCUAUCGGAUUGCACCGCUUUCCCGUUUGCCAUCAGGAGGACGCGGAAACUCGGCGCAAACCCUACACCCAGUACCCCGUAGUGCCAGCAUUGGACUACAGGGAUCUCAGCGUAUCAGCGUGCUCAGCAACUCAUCGGUGGAGAUUCGGACCUGCGUCUGGAUCUCAUCGACUGUGCACCUUCCCAAGCGUUCCCUGCGUAGCAGUUUCGGAUCCUAAGGAUCGUCAGGCUCAUUCGCGUUCGGAAAGGAAUAUCGCGUAAGAACAUGGCGUUCUCCGGCUUAUACAAUCCUGACAGCUGUUUUCCGUGCAAGAUCAACUUAAACAACCGCGUAUGUGUCGGCUGCCUUAUGAAAGGACGAGCGGAACUCGAAGAUCGCGUCUACGCUUUGUACUCGGAGGCAGUAUGCGGAAACUCAGAAGCGCUACUUGGCUUGAAGCAUAUGGGUUUGUGGAAUUACGCGAUGAAUAAUCAGCAAUACCACCGCGGGAUCGCUCAGGCUAUUCUGCAUUUCAAGGCGAAAAAUGAACCCGGCUGGCAGAUGGUUGAAGCGAUCGCGAUUCCGUCCAUUCAGUCAGCUCCACCUACCGCGAAUAAAGCGCUUCUUCCUCACCCGCCUCAUGAAUUACGCCGCGCACAAAUGAAAUACGCUGACGAAACCGAAGAGAACAUCAGCGAUUGGAAAUCUGUCCCGCUUAAGCCGUCGUUCCAGAAAGCUUCCUCUGACGACUGGACGCGAAAUGCAGAUCGCCCAUUGGGAACAGUACGUAUCGAAAAUAGAUCGCGGAAUGACCAAACGCUCAUUCUUUUAAAAACACAACUGGCUGAUUAUAACCAUGAACGCUUAAAUUUCCAGAAUACGGCUAACCACAGUCAAAGCGACGACCAGCGUCAGCGUGGCGAGCAGCGUCAGUUCACCGAAUAUCGCCAGCCUACAGAUCAGCGUGCAGAUCGGCGUUCAGAACAGCGAACUACUCAGCAGAAUACGCGCACUGGACAGUCUUCCGCUACCAGAUGGGAGCCAUUCCCUCAGCGUAUGAACGCUAUGGAUCAGGCUGAAAGAAUCUUCAAUCAUCUCGGCUUAUCCAAUGCAGCUAAAACGCAUGGAAGUCUAGCGAUUACUUGUGAAAUGUUUGUCAACCGCUUAUACGCGUUUAUGGAUGAAGUGAAUAUGGAAAAAGCGAUGCAAGAUGUGAAUUAUUACACGGAUAAGCCUAAACCUGAAGACACACAGCUGACGUAUAACGCUUUUCGCGCCAAUGGAAUGGAAUCAGCUCUCAGCUUGGAUACAUUCACCAACAAAAUUAACACCAUCGACUAUGAAAGGCUGAGCCAGUUUAAGUAUUUCGGCAAAACUUCCCAUUUGGCGCACCUUUUCCAGUUUAUCUCCGCGAAAGCUAAUCCAGCUCUGAUGUUGUAUGCCGCGAAAUGUACCGUGCAUCUGAUGGACAUCUACCGCGAUUUGAAGGCUCGCCGAAAGGCUAAUUUUAAUGACCCAGCGAUUAAGGCUCAGUACGAUGAAUUGUUUCGCUUGAUGUUUGCCGCCAUGUGUGGACAUGCUUACAGCCAUUCCCAGUUGGAUAAGCGAAUGAAAAUGAAAGAAAAUGCUGACCAUCCGCUGAAGACAGUAAUUACCGCGCUUGGACCGCUUACCAAUGAGCAACUGCAGCUUGAAAUGUUGGAAAGUGCACGCGCACGCGGGAUGGCGAAUAAGGCUACAAAAGGCUUAGCGACUUUGGUCGAAAAGCCCCAGGACGCUUAUCAGUACUGGACUUCAAUCCUGCGACAGCGUAUGGAAACCAAGGCUUCCAAGAUCACUCUUGGCAAACGCUCCCUGACGUCUCCGGAAGGCUCAUCCGGAUCACCACAUUUGCCACCAGGCGAACCGCUGGUUAAGCGUAUGUACGUGUCUACGGAUGAAUCGGCUAACGAGGCCACCUUGGUGGACAAGCUUGGUAAUUUGAAUUUUAACGUUUCUCACAUACGCGACAUUGAGAAUGGAGGCGAAACUGAUAAGAAAGCUGAAGGCGAAACACCUGCUGUAGAUGAUAAAACGGAAGGCGAUAAAAUUCCCAACGCUUCUAACGCUGAUAUCACUGAUGAUGAGACGAGCGAGAAGGAUAAAUCGGAUUAAAGGCGAAAAUUCAUGGGAUUAUGGACGAAUUCAUGUGGAUCAUCCUUGGAAUGGAUUAACCUUCAUUUCCUGUUUUGCUCACCCGGAAUGACCAAAGUAACAUGUUAUGUUUUUAUCUAAUCUCCCAUUUCGAUGGAUCUUAACUUUAUCAAUAAUUGUUUAGAAUUUUCCUUUUUUAUUGUACGGUGAAUGAUAUACUUGCGCUAACUUUGCGAUAAAAUUGUCCGCUUAAUUGCAGCAUUCGUAAACGUAUGAAGCUUCGCGUAACCCGCUUAUUGUCUUUAUUUUUGCGAAUUUAGGUAAACGCUUAUAGUGACUUCGGUCAGCUGCAGGCUUAUACGCAGUGAAGAGACCAUGCAGUCACGGGAAUCCAUUUCCGCGCUUCGGUUUUGCGGCAGUAUCGUGAAACUGUGGCGUGAUGCGGAUUCUCCCACUUGCACACUCAUGCAUAUCGCUGGUUGCGGCACCGGGGGUGCCAGGCUCUCGGAGGACCUCGAGUCCCCACCAGUGGCAUGAGAGGGACUUACGCCCUCGUCCCAGCAGGCUCAGAUCGCAGUGCAGUGGCUUUCACGCUUAGAUCGUAUACCUGAUCGCAGGUAUUACGAUCCGCCCUUUCGCUAUCUUCCGCCAACGGCAUCGCGCCGUACCUUUUCGGCGAUUGCGUGAGGCUUACGUAGCGGCGUAUGGUAGAGCAGCGUUAGCGCAGGUAUAUUGUGAGCUAUAGAUUGUCAGUUGGUGAUGAUGAUUUUUAGAGAGAUGUUAUGCUUUCGGUUUUAUGAUAAAAAGUCCCUUUUUAUCCUUGUCUCGCUCCCGUUUCCGGUAGAUCGGCACUAGAGAGUCUCCCACGCAGAGAGGAGGACUCUUAGAGUAUCUUGUGCCUGAGUUCGGCGGCAGUCGAUCUACAGAACAUACGUACAAAAAAAAACGGACCUAUGCCUAGAAAUGUGCAUUACUGUAACAAAGCUAGAGUAUAAAAUAUGGAAGCUGCAAAUUAAAUAAUAGCAUAGAAGCGGAUUACACCUAAUACAACAUCAUUACAGAACGUUUACCAGCAAUAUUGUGCCGACCAACAAAAGUAAUAAUCCAGUUGAGUGCAUCUUACAAAUGCAGUCAAGCUUUUUAAUUAAAGCUGGAGGUUUUUCAAAUCCAGAAUGCUAAUAAAAACCACUCUAAUUUAAGGCUCAUUAAAAAUAAAUAUGUAC